ACGCUAUUUGCUUGGGGAUCGGAGCAUCAUUGUCCGAUGCAGAGCUUGUACAAGCUGCCAAAAAGACAGAUAAGUACAUUGAUGAGAAUUUAACCCAAGAUGAGAUUAUAUGUCUAAUCAAGGCAUAUUGGGGUAACAUCGCACGCAACCGAGGUGGUUGCAUUGAAGAUGCCGGGGACAGGGAGACAGACAUGACAGAUGAGCAUUCAUCGAGUGACACAGAUGAUAUGGCUAGUUCGCCAGAAAAUGCCUCAGCCUCUGAAAAUGCCUCAGCCUCUGAGAACACAUCUGCAAAGGCAUCAAGGGAAAAAAUUAAAACCAACCAAGAUGAGCAUUCAUUGAAAGACUUGGAAGAAGAAAAUCCCCCAAACUCUGGGAACAAGUCUGCUAGAACUAUUAGAAGCCUAAAGAGGAGAGUAAAGGACCUCGAGAACCAAGUUGCUGAAAUAAGAAAAGCAAUGCAUAUGGACGAAAAUGACAUUGCUUAUGAUGUUAUUAAGCAUCUACCAGCAAGUGAUGUCCGUUCAGUGACAAAAAAGCUGGUAAGCUAUUUUUUCACAGAAGAAGAGUUGAUACUCCAUAGUGUCACCGGGAAAAAAUCAAGUCGUUCAGAGAGCUCUAGACCCCCACUAGACCAGACUAAUGUUAACAGAGUGCUAACUUUAGUGGAAAGACAUUGUAAGACUUCUCCAAAAAUUACGAAGGAAAAAAUUGCUAACAUUCAAAAGGCAUUACGCUUAAAAAAUAGAAUGUAGAUGCGUAAGACACUUGUAUUUGCAACUUGACAAGACACUUGUAUUUGUAACUUUGUAACUUUCCUGUAGAAGGACACUCAUUUUGUAGUUUGACAGUAUUUGUUAAGAAUAAUAUAAAGCAGUUCUAUGUAACUUCAAUUGAAUUGUUUAUUCUUUAUUCAUAUUUAUUCUUGAGAAACUCAGGGAAAGUGCAAACAUCAGAUAAAAAAUUGAGGUGAUGCAUAAUGAAGCAUUUUCUGAUUACUACCCAUGAUGCAUAUACAUGAAUAACUCAGUAAAAAGAAAUGAGGUAAGUUUUUAUCAUUUAUUCUUUAAAAUAUUUUCAUUCUUAAAAAUCAUAAAGGAAUCCUUGUUUAUUCAUGAAGAAUUUAUUCUUCAUUAUUCUAAAGUGAUAAUAAUAAUCCUGAAUGUUUAUUCAUCUUUAUUCUUGGGAACUCAAUAGUGACUGGAAGUUUGAAAAUUGAAGAAUUACCGAUGAAUAUUUAAGAAUUAGUUUUCAAGCAUAUGCUUGAAUAAUUC